AUGGAUUUUUCUCGUUUAAAAAUAUUUGUCCUUGGCCAUACCUUGCAUCGAAGACUGAUCUGUCAACUACGUUUUUAUUGCAGUUUGUUGGUGGGUACAUUUUCGAUGGUUUAG